CACAACGCUAGGGGGCGCUGACUGUGAUUGUUCCAAUCCAUCAGGUGCUGGUGUCGCGUCGAUAGAGGGAAGCAGGUUUCAAUUUCAAAGCUCAAACCCAAACAGAGAGAGGGAAGGACCAGUGUACGGCGGGAUUAAGUGGUGGGACGUUAUUCAAACGUCCAUCCAAGCGCUGUUGAUAUCGAUCUUUUCAAACCCACGGAUAAAGUCGCUUGUUGCGUCUGCGCUUCAGUUUUAUAAUUCUGGAUUUGUCCGACAAAAGGAUCCCAAUCGUGUUUGUAACAGGUGAUUAAAACUAUUACCGUGUUUAUUCCCACUGUUAAUCUGACACAGCGAAGCAUUUCUGCAAGAAAAAAUGCCGAGAACCAACAGGCAAAGGGAAUACAAACCUGGAGACCUCGUGUUUGCUAAAAUGAAGGGUUAUCCUCACUGGCCUGCCAGGAUUGAUGAAUUACCCGAGGGAGCAGUGAAGUCACCUUCUAACAAAUACCAGGUCUUCUUUUUUGGGACACAUGAGACGUGUGUAUUUUUAAUCUUUUGCUUAUCGAAUUAAGCAUCUUAUCAAUGCAAGGAGAAGUUUGGGAAACAAAACAAGCGGAAAGGCUUUGCUGAGGGAUUGUGGGAGAUUGAGAACAACCCCACUGUCACACAUGAGGACUAUUUGUCAUCGAAGAAGGACAACGAUUCAGAAGAAGCAGGUGACACAGCCGGCUCAGAGAAAGCAGACGCAGAGGGGAGCAGUGACGAGGACGAGGGAGCCCUGGUCAUUGAUGAAAAGAACGAGAGGGGAGGAACCAAACGAAAAGCAGAGGAGUCCACAGAGGCAUCCCUGAAACGGCCAAAGGACUCAGUGGCAGAAGCUGACUCCAAAGACAACAAACCCAAGGCUGAGGCCAAGGUCAAUGAUGUGGCCGCCGCUCCAUCUCCAGAGAACGAUUCGAAAGUAGAGGCCCAGGAAAAUGCAGCAGCGGGAGGCCAACAAACAGCAGAUAAGCCUGUGACAGACAGUGCUUAACAACAACCCACGGGGGGGAAAAAAUCAAGAACUUUUGACACUUGGAAUUAAAGCAUCACCAUGGUAACCUGCUGGAUGCCAGAUUUCAGUUGUUUAACUGAUUUAAAAGAAUAAAUAAAUUUAAAAAAAUGUUAGUGUUUGUACUGAGGGAGGGAGAGAAAAGCAAAUCCUCAUUUGCCAUUUUUUGGGGUAUCAUAUAUCCCAAGAGACAAAGUUUGCUAAUCUGAUUUCAAACAUUUGAACUGAGCACUUUGGGGCUCCUUUCUAAUGGGAUUUCUGGUGUGUGUAUAUAUUUUUUAUUUCUAAGUGCAAUUACAUAAUUACAAAGACUCAAUGCUAGGUGUUAAAAACAUUUUUUUGUUUUCAGAUUACUGAAAGUAGACACUGAAUCUAUGGUAAAUUAAGCAGAAAAAAGAUGCAAGUAUAUUGGACAGAGAAUCUCCAUUAGUUUGUUUUAAACAUAGACAUUGACGUUCGGAGAAACAUAUAACAACAUUUUCUCUCAUGUUCUCAGCUUUGGUUUGACUCCUGUUGACUUUCUUCAGCAUUUGUUGCAAAAUAGAAUGCUUUGUUGCAGUUGACCAAAUUAUGUGACUCAUUGCCCCCAGAUCGUUGACCCAGCUUCUUUCCUAACCCCAUAUCUUUCCUAAACUGAUCAUUAAAAGCAGAAAGACAUUCCUGAGUGUUUUCUUGAAAUGUUCAAGUCAAGGUGAACAUUUUUGAGAGAAAAUUAAAAAUGGUUGCCACUUUUUUUGUUAAAAAAAAUUGUCGUGCAAACACUAUCUUUGUAUCCAUCUACGCAUCUCUCAUUUUCAUCAUGUCCUAUUAAUCUCGCAGCAGAUGUGUAAUUCUGAUUUGCACUGAAUUGCAUUGGAUUGAAUAAUUGAUUGUAUGAAAUAUCUCUAGUGUACAUUUUUAAAAACUGAUAAUACCAAAUGCAUCAUGAUCUAAUCUUUUUUUUUUAGAAAAUAAUUGAAUGUACAGAGUAGUUUGUCUGUAAAUGUCCAGGUUGUUUUUGUUUUGUUUUUGUUUGUUUUUUGCCUCACUAACUGGAAAACCUGUCUGCUUUUGGGUGUUAAACAAAUUUGUGAUCAAUAAAAGAUGUGUUGGAGUCAUAGUUUUGACAUGUUAAAGCUUGAUCGUGUGGUGAAGAUGUGGUGUUAUUUUUUUUUCAUUAUUAGUAUUUAAUAUGGUCCAUGUUUUGUUUCUUUCUUGAACAUUUGGCCUAAUUUACCAUGUUUUCUAGAUGUCAGUCAUUGCUUCAAUGUUUUGUAUUCGACAACAAGUCACGGACUGAAGUGAAAAACUGAAAGUAACUUUUCACUGUUGCCCACUUUACCACCAAAACCUCUAAAUAGAAAAUAUCAAAAGCUUCACCUGCAGUUCAGCCCAAGGGUAUAAUUUAGGAUUCAUGUGUAUUUCUGCAGUUUAGCUUUCUGGGUUCAUUUUGGAGGCUGCCAUUCAUGUUAAGCUGCUUCUUAGUUCAUAUGUGUAGAUGCCAUUUCAUUUAAUAAACCAGUUGAUUACACAAAAA